AAGUGAAGACAUUGCUCCCCUUCGCCAGUUUGUAGUAGCCUAUAUCCCACUUGAAGCAGAAUGAAUACUUUAUAAUCCACAGCCGGUUUAGCAGCACCAGAAGCGCUUGCUCACGUUUCGCGUUAGGCGACAUGUAAUUGCUCCAGUCGAGAAAAGAGGUUACCUCAGUUUUUUUUUUUUAAUUUUCUAUACAUAUUUAUUAUUAUUAUUUUGGAAAAAUCUGACGCUUCCUCGCUAGAGACUUCUUUAGUGAGGCUGCUGUCCCCCGGAUUGCUUCUGUAUUUUCCGGCGCUUCCUCCCAGCCGCCGCGCUCACUGACAUAUUCAAGCUGUCGCUUACGGACACGCGUUUCUCUUUCUCUUAAGUCACUAUCUGCCCUGUUAUUCUUGCUAUACGUUGUUGCUACCUGAAGAAAGUGGAGUGAAAACAUUGUACUGAAACACACUAGAAGGGAUACUAGAAAAGGACUAAGAACUUGAAUACAGGGGUAUAGCCUGGAAAACAAACUACGCCUCAGACGAAAGGGUUUAAGGACGUGCAAACAGGAUUUCAUAGUCUCCUGAUUGGAUGUGAGACCACUUUGAACACAGACAAUGAAGAUGAUGUUGCUAUGGAAACUACUGGUGCUGCAGCCACUCAUGGGGUACCUUGUUGAGAGCAGCCUCCUGCGAGGACCAUCUUUCACCAAGCAGCCGGGCAGCAUCGUGUUCCCCUUGCGCUCCAUGGAGUCCAGCCAAGAGGUGGUGUUCAGCUGUGAGGCCCAGGGUAGCCCACCUCCCACCUACAGAUGGAAGCUGAAUGGCACCAGCAUUGUCUCCACAGCAGGCUCCCGCUACAGUUUCUAUAGCGGCAACCUGAAAAUCAGCAACCUGCUUAAAGAGGAGGAUGUGGGAACAUACCAGUGUCUAGCUUCCAACUCAUUUGGGACCAUCGUCAGCAGAGAAGCUAAGCUGUCCAUUGCCUACUUGGAAAACUUCAAGACACAGAGGCGGAGCUCAGUGUUGGUGCGCGAGGGACAAGGGGUAGUGCUGCUCUGUGGCCCCCCGGCACAUUCGGGAGAGCUGGCCUUCUCCUGGAUCUUUAAUGAAUACCCAUCGUUUGUGAGACAAGACAGCCGGCGGUUUGUCUCCCAGGACACAGGGAAUCUGUACAUUGCCAAGGUGGAGCGCUCAGACGUGGGCAACUACACAUGCGUAGUGACCAACACAGUGACGAAGACGAGCGUACAGGGCCCUCCGACACCGUUGGUCCUGCGAAUUGACGGUGUCAUGGGGGAGUAUGAGCCAAAGAUUGAGGUUCAGUUUCCAGAGAUUAUCCCAGCGGCCAAAGGUUCAACGGUCAAACUGGAGUGUUUUGCCUUGGGAAACCCUGUGCCCAUAAUUAGCUGGAGACGCGUCGACGGGAUUCCCUUUCCCCGGAAGGUGGAUGUGUCCAAGGCCAGUGGUGUACUGGAGAUCCCAUACUUCCAACAGGAGGAUGCCGGCACAUAUGAGUGCAUGGCGGAGAACUCCAGGGGGAAGAACGGUGUGCGGGGAAAGCUGGCCUUCUACGCCUCCCCUCACCUGGUGGAGAAGCCAGCAGACAUGCAGAAACCCAUCGGUGACGUGCUGGUGUGGGAAUGCAAGGCCACCGGGAAACCUAAGCCGUCCUACACUUGGCUGAAGAAUGGAGAACCGUUAGAGCCUCUGGAGGACAGAGUGCAGGUUGUUAAUGGCGUGCUCACCAUCAGCAGCUUGACCUUGUCGGACGCGGGAAUGUACCAGUGCGUGGCGGGGAACAAGCAUGGAGAGCUGUACACCAACGCCGAGCUGCGGGUGAUCGCUAUUGCCCCGGACUUCUCCCAGAAUCCACUGGCAAGCGUCACUCUGGGGCGGGAGGGGGGGCACGUGGAAAUUGAAUGUCGACCCCGAAUGUCACCACGUGGAGUGAUCUCCUGGCGGAAGGGCAAGGAGGCACUGCGUGAGGGCCACAGAGUGUCUGUGCUGGAGAGCGGCAGUCUUUGGAUCUCCAAUGUGACCAAGUCAGAUGCAGGCUUGUACACAUGUGUCGCCAGGAACCAGUUUGGAGUGGCUAGUCGUGCUGGAACCCUGCUGGUUAAAGAGCCAACAAUCAUCCUGACACCGCCAACAAAUCUGGAUGUCACAGUGGGCGAGAGCGUCGUCCUGCCUUGUCAGGUGUCCCACGAUGCCUCCCUGGACCUGAAGUUCUCCUGGUUCUUCGGCCAGCAGCCUCUGCAUUUUGGCUCCCACGGCGGCUACUUUGAGAAAGUGGGCGGCCAGCACUCAGCAGGUGACAUCAUGAUCAGAAACAUUCAGCUGAAGCAUGCUGGGAAAUACACUUGCGUAGUGCAGACUGAAGUGGACAGCGUCUCCGUUUCAACCAGUGUGGAAGUCAGAGGUCCUCCCGGCCCCCCUGUUGACCUCACUGUGGAGGAUAUUGGUGACACUACGGUAGCUCUCUCCUGGAGGCCUGGUCUGGACAACCAGAGUCCCAUCACUACCUACACGAUCCAAGCCAGGAGCCCCUUCUCCCUUGGCUGGCAGGCCGUUACCACAGUUCCCGAGGAGCUGGGGGGGCAACAACUGAUGACCACGGUGACAGAACUGAACCCAUGGGUGGAAUAUGAGUUCCGUGUCCUGGCAACCAAUGGCGUGGGCACCGGGGAGCCCAGCAAGCCUUCAAAACAAGCGCGCACCAAAGAUGCAUUGCCUAAGGUCACACCUGCCAAUGUAAGUGGAGGGGGAGGGAGUCGCUCGGAGCUGGUCAUCACCUGGGAGCCUGUCCCAGAGGAGCUGCAGGCAGGGCCUGGAUUCGGCUAUGUUGUGGCGUUCCGGCCAAAUGGUGCCACCGGAUGGAUGCAGGCAGCCGUCCCCUCAGCGGAUACCUCCCGUUACACCUUCAAGAAUGAGAGCGUCUUACCAUUCACGCCAUACCAAGUGAAAGUGGGUGUUUACAACAACAAGGGAGAGGGGCCUUUUGGGCCUGUCACCACAAUCUACUCUGCGGAAGAAGAGCCUAACCGAGCUCCCUCCAGGAUUCGGGCCAGGAGCCUUUCUGCAUCCGAGAUCGAGGUCACGUGGAAGCCCUUGUCAUGGCAGACUAGAAGGAGAGUCCUAGGAUAUGAGUUGAGGUACUGGGGGAAGACAGAGAGAGAGGAAACGGCCAGUGUGACGAGGACCAUGGGAAACAGAACAUCAGCAGUGCUGAGUGGGCUGCAGGCGAGCAGCACCUACUUCGUUGCUGUGAGAGCGUACAACACAGCAGGCCUUGGGCCUGGUAGCUCAGUGGUCAAUAUUACCACCAAGAAACCUCCACCAAGUCAGCCCCCUAUGAAAGUCAUGUGGAAGAUGUCGGAUUCAAAGAUCAUCCUAAAAUGGGACCAGGUGAAAGCGCUGGAGAAUGAAUCAGAAGUGACUAGUUACAGAGUUAGAUACAAGCAGAGCAGACACAGCUGGACCAGCAUGGUGGAGACCAACACUACCUCACUUGAGUUGGCGCUGCCCAUUGACGAAGAGUACGUCAUUCAGAUAACACCCGUUAGCGACGGGGGCGAGGGAAACAGCAGCAAGGAGAUUACCAUCCCCAGCAUAUCAGGUCCAUAUGCUAUCAGCUCAACAUCCAAGAUAUCUAAAUGGUCAGCGCUCAGCACAAUAGCUCUGUCCGUUACAGCCAGGACGACAUUAUGACAAACAGCUCCGUGAAGUUUUUGCAUUCAGUGAAGGCAAUGCUUCAGAGGCUGAGGCUUAGACAGCACGUACCAGGGCUCACAGACGGCUUUACUACCGGCCAGUGCUUCAAGACGAACUGAAGAUGGUCCCCAACAAAGGGGAAAUCUGCAAGUCUUUUUCCAUGAUAAGUGGGAAAAUGCAGGCUUGAGACUGUUGUUCCUGCUGUUGAUUUCACCAGACAGAAAAAAAACAAAAGAAGGAGGCUUUACAUGCGCUCAUCGAAUGACCCCCCUGUAGAUGUUUGUAUUUGCCAGUGGGUGCAACUGGCAGCUUCAUUCCAGAAUGGAAAUGAGGGUACUGGAAUUAAAUGUGUAAUCCAAGAA